AUGUUAAGAGUUAAGGCAAAAAUAACGUUUGAAGAUGCUAUUAAAAGUAAAGCUGACAAAGAUGAACUUGACGCAACGAACAAAGUUUUGAAAUCUCAUAAACACAACAUCUCCGAUAUAAAUGAACUUCAAGCUACAUUAGACAGUAAAGCUGACAAGAACCAUACACAUAAAUCCUUCACUACUGUUAGAGCAGAUGACAUAAUAUUGAACUUUGACCUUGGUUCAAGUGCACCAUUAGAGAAUCCAAGUACAAGCGUAAAAGAUACACUAAACUCCUUAAAUAGUAAAUGUAUGAACAUUGAAGGUCAUGUCAGAAACUUUGAAACACAUGAACUACCAGCAAUGUUAGAUAAGAAAGCAGAUAAGAACCAUACACAUGAUUUCUUCACAACUGUUGGUAUAGAAAGUAUUGAAGGAACGGUUGAAGGAACUGGUGGGGAGGGCGGAGCCCCGCCGCACGCGGCUGCAUUAUAUUGGAAACCUCCUAACUUUCCACAAGGUUUAACAUCGGAGGAAAACAUAACGACGAUGAAAUACAUUAGAUGUAGAAAUGUUUAUGUCAUGGAGGAUGAAAAUAAUGUUAAAUUCACUGCUCAAGAUUUAUAUGAUAAGAAAGCUGACAAGAACCAUACACAUAAAUCCUUCACUACUGUUAGAGCAGACGACAUAAUAUUGAACUUUGACCUUGGUUCAAGUGCACCAUUAGAAAAUCCAAGUACAAGCGUAAAAGAUACUCUUAACAGUUUAGAUAAGAGUUGCAGGAACAUUGAAAGUCAUGCCAGAAACUUUGAAGCACAUGAACUACCAACAAUGUUAGAUAAGAAAGCAGACAAAACUUAUGUGGAUGCAGAACUAACAAAGAAAUUUUCGAAACCAGAUACAAUGACAUUUACAACAGAAAUUAUAAAUGGUGAACCAGCAACUCCAUUUGAAUUUGUUAGAGGUCUUCAACCAGAUACUUUUGAAUUUUUCUUGGAUAAUUCUAUUG